AUGCAUCCUCCUCUUCCAGCUGUCUUCCUCACCCUUCUACACCUCUCAAUUCUUUUCCAGUCGGUAGCGGCGCAACAGUCUACCUAUUGGCUCGCCAACAAGCCUAAUGUAGGUACAGUCGCGUUUGGGGAUCCCACCUAUCCGGUGUUUCGAAAUGUCAUGGAUUAUGGAGCCUUUGGAGACGGCCUACACGACGAUUCUGAUGCUAUUAACCUAGCGAUCUCCGCCCCUGGGGAUCGCUGUGGCGGAGGCAAUGCAUCAUACGGAUCGUUUUGCCAGUCGUCGACCGUGACACCAGCACUGGUCUAUUUUCCGCCAGGAACGUAUAACGUUUCGAAACCUUUGGUCAUGUACUACUUCACGCAGAUGGUGGGCGAUGCUGUCAACCCACCCACCAUCAGAGUCAGUUCCAAUUUCACCAAUCUCGUUGGGUUGGCUGUGUUUGAUGCAGACAUCUACAUUCCGGCCGGCAGCGGCGCCGAGUGGUACGCCAACCAGAACAAUUUCUACCGCCAAGUUCGUAACUUCAUCAUUGACAUGACAAACGCUCCCUUGAGUACGGCCGGCAUCCAUUGGCAGGUAGCCCAAGCCACCAGUCUGCAGAACAUCGUCAUCAACAUGGUGGACAAGGACGUGGUAAACAAUGCGCAACAAGGCAUAUACAUGGAGAAUGGAUCGGGAGGCUUUUUCUCCGACGUGGUCAUCACCGGCGGCUCCAUCGGCGCUUACCUUGGGAAUCAGCAAUUCACAACGCGCAAGUUACAGUUCGAUGGCUGUUUGACGGCCAUCUCAAUGAACUUCGACUGGGUGUGGUUGUUCACUCAGGUCACCAUCACGAAUUGCGAUGUCGGGAUCGACAUGACUAGUGGCGGUUUCUCCAACCUGGCUGUCGGUUCUCUUGUCAUAAUCGAUAGUGUGAUAUCUGCGACUCAGGGUAUCCUCACACCCUAUGCCCCUGGCUACAGUUCGCCUCAAGCCGCGGGCACUCUGGUCAUCGAGCAAGUUGACUUCACGGGCAGCGAGGUCGCCAUUUCGGCCGCUGGAGGGACUCAAGCCAGAACGAUUCUUGCUGGCCAACAGUAUAUCGAUCUCUGGGCGCAAGGAAAUGCCUGGACAACGGCGGGCGCAGCUCUGAAUGGCCAGUUCUUCAAUGGCACGACUUGCUCCUAUUCGAAUGCGAGCCAGACCGCUUAUUCCGCCCAAGAAACGACGAUCCAAAGAGCGCUGGCCCCGAUCCCUCGACCUUCGUCAUUGGUAGAUAGUAAUGGACAAUACAUCUACCGCGUCAAACCACAAUACGAGACCCUGGAUUGGGAUACAGGAUUCCUAAGCGCCAAAGCAAAUGGGCUCGUGGGCGAUGGCUCUACAGAUGAUACGGUUGCGAUGCAGGCACUCUUCAAUCUUGCCCAAUCAAGUGGAAAAGUUGUCUACUUUGACAGGGGAGCUUACAUCGUUUCAUCCACCGUCAACGUUCCAGUGGAUGUCAAGAUCACGGGCGAACUCUACAGCAUCAUCAUGGCUACUGGAUCGUUCUUCGGGGACCAAUUCAACCCGCAACCCAUGUGGAAAAUAGGUAAUCCUGGUGAUGUCGGCACAGUUGAAAUCUCAGACAUCAUCUUCGAAGUCAAAGGGCCCUGUCCGGGAGCUAUUCUCGUGGAGUGGAAUAUCCAGGCUGCUGGGCCGGCGUUGGCCGGCAUAUGGGAUGCCCACUGGCGUAUCGGCGGCUCAGCAGGUACCGAGUUGCAACAGGAUGUCUGUAUAAAGACCCCUGCAACACCGAUUGCGGGAUCGAACCCGGUCUUGACGAAUUGCCUCGGCGCGUUUCUGCUGCUGCAUGUCACCAGCCAGGCGAAUGGGUACUUUGAAAACACUUGGGGAUGGGUCGCGGAUCACGAGUUGGAUAUGGCCGACCGCCAGCAGAUUUAUAUUUUCAACAAAGGUGGCUUCCUUUUUGAGUCGCAAGGCCCGCUGUGGCUCUAUGGCACUGCGGCUGAACACUCGGUCAUGUUUGACUACCAUUUCGUCAACGCGCAGAACGUCUUCAUGGGCCACAUCCAACACGAAACAGCGUAUUUCCAGGGCAAUCCCAACGCACUGACGCCCUUCACACCACAAGCGUCCUGGAAUGACCCGGACUACUCGGACUGCGUGCAGGCCAACUGCGCCCGCACUUGGGGUCUGCGGAUCGUCAACUCGAGUUCGAUCUUCAUGUACGGCGGCGGGCUGUACAAUUUCUUCGAGAACUGGAACACGCAGGCGUGCUUGGGCACGGAGAGCUGCCAGGAGAGAAUGGUGGACUUUCGCAAUUCGACGGAUGUCUACCUCUGGGCUUUAAGCACCAAGGGAUCGCAGUACAUGAUUAGUUACGAGGGAACGGACGUGGUGCCGUACAGUGUGAACAAGGCGAACUUCUGCGAGACGAUUGCGCUUUUUGAGCUGGCCGCUGACCAGUGA